CGAUCGGUGCAGUUUGCGCGGGUGCAAGGAUACCAUAUCCCAUAUAAUCGGUCAAGAAAAAAGAGGGGAAAAAUUCUGGACACUGAUCGGGAUGCCUCGAAAACGACGCGCCUCGACGGCUUCGCUGCAGGACAUCGAGGACGAAGAUUUUUGUUCGGAAGAAAAGUACGGCGGAGGAAGCAGCAGGGAUCACAUUCAGGAUGCUAUGGAAGGCGUGAGAGCGCCGAGGAACGCGGCCAACGCAAGGGAACGGGCAAGGAUGCGAGUUCUCAGCAAGGCUUUUUGCAGGCUGAAAACAACCCUUCCUUGGGUUCCGGCCGACACGAAACUCAGCAAACUGGACACCCUUAGGCUCGCCGCUACUUACAUCGCCCACCUUCGCGCUGUUCUUCGGGACGAGGGCGAAUCACAUCCGGAAACCACCAGAUCGCUGUCACUCGCAUUGUCGUGGCCUUUCGCAAUCCAAGGAACGGGGGCUCCGAUGUUGAUGAACAAUAACUGCACGUCAGGAUCAUCAUCGACUUCUUCAUCGCCAGGAGGGCAAUACCGAAACCAGCAAUCGCCGCUGGACGUUCAGCCAAACGUGCAUAAUCAUCACCAUCAUCAUAAUCACCAGCCCAUUCACGUUCGUCAUAAUCACGAACCACAGCUUCCUUACUAUUGAACUAGUUGAUAAGAUCACUUUAUUUUGUUAAAAUCAAAGCAAAAACAGCAUUUCGUUUUAUUCGAUUUGUCACACAGUUCUGAUGAUGGAAUUUCUCUGAAUUAUUAUUGUGUGAAAAAAAGUAAAACAGAAUAUAAUGAGAAGACCCAGCCGAGAAAAAAAAAAAAUUAUGUCGUUCAAUUAAUGAAAAACUAUGACAGCAGAUGAUUUUUACUCCAUCGAUGUUUUCCUGGGU